AUGCCACGAAAUAACCUGGCACCCACAUACGUCUUAGGAGUUGGCUUGACAAAGUUUGCAAAGCCUCGUGGAAAAGUAGACUACACGGAGCUUGGCUAUGAAGCUGGCAUCAAGGCCAUGUUAGACGCCCAUAUCAGCUACGAUGACGUUGACCAAGGUAUUGCAUGCUACUGUUAUGGCGACAGUACUUGCGGUCAACGAGUCUUCUAUCAGUUCGGGAUGACGGAGAUCCCAAUCUUUAACGUGAACAAUAACUGCGCUACAGCAUCUACUGGACUUUCCAUGGCUCGUAACACUAUCAGUCACGGUGGUGCCGACUGCAUCUUAGUUGUGGGCUUCGAGAAAAUGAACCCAGGAAGCUUGAAAAGCUACUGGAACGAUCGCGCUGACCCAGUCGGAAGACAUAUGGAUCUGUUACAUGCCACUAAAGGCGACACGAAUGCACCGCCUGCUUUACAGCUAUUUGGGUAUGCAGCUCAAGAAUAUAUGGAGAAAUACGGAGCCACACCCAGCGACUUUGCAGAAAUAUCGCGAGUCAAUCAUUCUCAUUCACAGCAUAACCCUUACGCACAGUUCCGUGAUGUCUACAGUCUCAACGAGAUUAUGAAUGCACCUAUGAUCCAGGAUCCGCUUACCAAAUUACAGUGCUGUCCAACUAGUGACGGCGGUGCUGCUGCUGUCCUUGUGUCCAAGGCAUUCCUUGAAGCUCGACCGGAACUCAAGUCCCAAGCAAUUCUUAUUGCAGGCCAGGCAAUGGCGACUGAUAAUCCUUCAGCAUUUGACCGCACCGCCAUGAAUUUAGUAGGAGCAGGGAUCACUCAGCGCGCGGUGCAUGAUGCGCUGGCUGAAGCACAAGUCUCCAUCGAGGACGUUAAACUCAUCGAGUUGCAUGAUUGUUUUUCGGCUGCGGAGAUGGUUUUUAUAGAUUCUCUAGGUGUCUGCCCACGAGGUAAGGCGCAUGAGUACGUACGAGCUGGGAAUAUCACAUUUGGCGGGCGUACGGUUAUCAACCCUUCCGGCGGCCUGCUUUCCAAGGGCCAUCCUCUAGGUGCUACGGGACUUGCACAGUGCGCAGAGUUGGUCUGGCAACUUCGCGGCUGGGCGAAUAACAGACUUGUUGAGAAUUCCCACGUUGCAUUGGCGCAUAAUGUUGGACUCGGUGGGACAGGGGUUGUAACUAUUUACCGGCGAGCGGACGGUGCGGAUAAUCGAAGAGUCGAUAAUGAAGAGGUGAAAAAGGUGACAGGGUUGAGAUAUAACCCUGCUACCAAAGCCGGAGGGUUUACUGUGAAUCAAUCCAAUGCAGUUCGAUCAAAAAAGCGCAGUGACUGGGCACUGGGAGAUACUGAGAAGAAAGUUCAGGCCAGAUUCUAG